ACGGUUGUUAUUGGUUCCGGUGUAUCUGGGGGUCACACAGAGGGGUAAAGAAAAGACUUAAAAUGCUGUUGCAAAGAGUGUUGCACAUCGGAGGCUUGACGCUGAAACACAGCCGGUCCAUCCACCACAGUCCUGUAUGGAGGAGUCCUCUUAUACCCAUGGUUGUGGAGCAGACGGGGAGAGGAGAAAGAGCAUAUGACAUCUAUUCCCGCCUCCUGAGAGAGAGAAUCAUUUGUGUAAUGGGUCCUAUCGAUGACACUGUGGCUAGCCUGGUUAUCGCCCAGCUGCUCUUCCUCCAGUCAGAAAGCAACAACAAACCCAUCCACAUGUACAUCAACAGUCCUGGCGGUGUGGUGACAGCGGGCCUGGCCAUUUACGACACCAUGCAGUACAUCCUCAAUCCCAUCUCCACCUGGUGUGUCGGCCAGGCAGCGAGUAUGGGCAGCUUGCUCCUGGCAGCCGGAACGCCGGGCAUGAGGCAUUCACUGCCCAACGCCCGCAUCAUGGUCCACCAGCCUUCAGGAGGCACCAGGGGCCAGGCCACAGACAUCGCCAUCCAGGCGGAGGAGAUCCUGAAGCUGAAGAAACAGAUCAACGUCAUCUACGCCAAACACACGGGCCAGCCGCUGGAAACCAUCGAGGGUGUGAUGGAGAGGGAUCGCUACAUGGGCCCCAUGGAGGCGCAGGACUUCGGUAUCAUCGACAAGGUCCUGAUCCACCCGCCCCAGGCCGGCCAGGAUGAGCCGGAGCUGGUGCAGAAAGAGCCGGCGGCAGCAGCAGCAGCAGCCAGCCCCCACCCACAGCCAGAGUCUGCAGCCCCUGGGCAGACCCUCCCCGGGACAAACCCCCCCUCCUCACACAAACCUGAGCCAUGAAGGCGCAGACAGAGCGCUGGUGGUUUGAUACCUGACAGUUUGGGAAGAACAAGGCGGCGCCUCCAUGAUGUUUUCUUUGUCUCUGUCUCUCUCUCCCCCCCCCCCCCUAACCAACACUCUGCUGUUUCAUCAUGUACAGUGGUCAGCUGAUCAUUUACGUUACUGUUAGGAUGUAGAUUCCCGGUGAAAUAAAAGUCAAAGAAGUGAUGGCUGAAGUUGGUCAUUACUCACAUCUGAAGGAAACCGGAGUAUUUCAGCUAGGGCUGCACGAUGUGAGGAAAAUACGGGAGAUGCCAUAACGUUGUUGAAUAUCUCUAACAAUAUUACUCGCGAUGAAUUACAGACAUUAAAAUGUACUCAGUUCUGCUAUAACACAACACAGUUUGUUCAGUUAAAAACAAACAAAAGGAAAUUAUUUCCAGCAUUUUAUCAAACAAAUUGAAUAUAAAAGGUAAUGUAACACUAAGGAAAGAUUGAUUGUGACAUUUUAAAGUGUAGUUUUCUAAAUAUUCUCCAAUUUAAAAACACCUUUGUGUCUUGUGAUUUGUCAGUCUUGAUAUUGUGAUGAAAAAUAAUGGAUUUAUUGUGCAGCCCUAGUUUGAGCUGAGCUGAUGUUAGCGCUCCCAGUGAAAGCACAGCUUAAUAAGGUAGCUGAUCUCAUCCAGGUGAGGGGGGGCGCCUGCUGAGACUAUGGAGCCAUCUUGUCGCAGAGACAGCCACUGAAGAGUGUAGAUGACCUGCAUUUCAAUACUCAUAUUUGUAUUUAAUAAAAUGUCCACAACUCAC